CAGCGCUGUAAAAAUUCAACAUGGACCCACCAUAUUCGGCCGGAGAGAGUGCUCGGGCGAGUUGUUUGUGUCUGUGGUGUACGGCUUGUCAAACGCACGCCUCGCCUAGCGACGAUGUGAUGCCGCUGAAGAGGAUCGUCUGACAGUGCGCGGGUCCGAAAUUUCGCUUCGCAGACUCCGCGACCCCGAGGAGAGUUUCGGGGCAUCUCCUAUGAGUGUGUUUUCACUUCGGAUCUGAUCGUGUGUGGAGCAUAACGCUAUGGCUGGGCAGCAUCGGAAGCAACGUGGUUUACGAUGGAUCGUGCUUGCCGUCUCCUACGCGCUCGUCGGCGUCUUCAGCACCGUUAAAGGUGUGGGAGUAAGCUUUGCUGAAUUCCGAUUCUUGGAGGAGCCUACAGAUACCGUUGUCUCCAAGGAUGGCCCUGCACUGCUCAACUGUUCUGCAGCAGGUGAUCCCAAGCCCACUAUCUCCUGGAAGCGUGAGGGUGUGCAGCUACACCUCAUUAAUGACCCCAGAAGGUCCAUUCUCUCGAAUGGCUCUCUGCACUUUAGGAGUGUUCACCACACAAGAGCUGAACGUCCUGAUGAAGGAGUGUACCAGUGCGUGGCUACCAUACCUAAUGUCGGUACCAUGCUUAGCAGGUCAGCAAAGCUCCAAGUGGCUGCUUUGCCACGAUUUGAUGAGCAGCCACGUGACCUCCGGCUGUUCCCGGGUCAGACAGCGUACUUCCCGUGUUCGGCAUUUGCGCUGCCCCCAGCGGAUGUUAUUUGGCUGAAGGACCAGCAGCCACUGCAGCUGGACCCUGCACGCAUGCUGGUGCUACCCAGUGGCGCCCUGGAGCUUGACGCUGUGCAGACAACCGAUGAAGGGGCUUACCAGUGUAGUGCCCACAAUGCCGACCGCAACCGAGUGUCAUCAGCUGGAAACCUGUUUGUCAGCCUCUCCUAUGAUGACGCAAACAAGAUAUCAGCACCAACCUUUGUGGCAGCACCAAAGAGCACUGUGGCUGUAAAGGGGUCAAACGUGACCCUGGACUGUGCAGCUAAUGGAAAUCCUCGUCCAAAUCUCACCUGGCUCAAAGAUGGUGUCACCAUUGACAUGUCACUUCUAGACAGCAGGUUCAGGAAAGUUGGCGUGGGGAGCUUACAGAUUGAAAGCAUUCAGGAAGCUGAUGAAGGCACGUACAUGUGCCGAGCAGAGAACCACGAAGAUUCGGUCGAUGCAAGUGCUACGGUGGAAGUUCAAGUUCCUCCGAGGUUCACCAAGAAGCCAAAGAAUAAGGUUGCCUACGAAAAAGAGGACGUUGAGUUUGAGUGUGAAGUGUAUGGGAAACCGGACCCGCUGGUACAUUGGUAUCACAACGGAGAGGCAAUCAUUCAGAGCGAGUACUUCCAAAUCGUCAAUGGCAACAGCCUCAGGAUAUUGGGUCUCGUUGACGCAGACAAAGGCAUCUACCAGUGUAUUGGCUCUAACCCUGCUGGCAACAUACAGACGGCAGUACAACUCAUCGUUUUGGACCCUGAAUCUCCUCACCUUGCUACCCAUGCCACUUUCACUACCCCCUUGCUGGAAACCUCAGGCCAUUUGCAGAGAAGCAAAGACGUCCCGUCGGCGCCACGCGACGUGACAGCACGGCUCGUGUCGACACGCUUCGCAACGCUUUCAUGGAGUGUCCCCGAGAGGGUGGAAGGGCAUAUCUUGGCAUACUCAGUUUACUACAGGGAAGAAGGAUCCACUCGAGAACGUGUCCUGAAUACUACGAGACAGAGUCUGGAGGAGAUAAUCAUUCAGGGGCUGCGACCAUCCACAAAGUACUACUUCCGCGUGGUUGGCUACAAUGAACACGGACCAGGUGAAAGCUCACCCGAGCUUGAGGUGGAAACAAACCCUGAAGUGAGCAUCCCUGGGCCACCACGCAGCUUGAAAGCCAUUCCAGUGUCUGCUACCGCUAUACGCGUCUACUGGGAGGCACCGGAGAGCCGUAAGGAAGUCGUACAGCACUACCAGCUUUCCUAUCAGGAGACUGGUACCACAGAAGACGAGGAGAAAAGAGUUACCACUACCGACACGUGGUACCACCUGAGGAACUUGAAGAAGUACACAGAAUACAACAUUUGGAUCACGGCAGUCAACCAGAAUGGCUCGGGCAUCAGCUCUGAGGAGACACUCGCACGAACCUUUUCAGAUGCGCCUUCCGACAUACCGCAAAAUGUGACACUCGAGGCAGCCAGCUCCACAAGUAUUAUAAUAAGGUGGGAACCCCCGCCAAAGGACUCCCAGAAUGGCAUCAUAACUGGCUACAAGAUCAGGUACAAGCUGAAAGGUAGCCGCAGGGGAGACACCAUUACGACUGAUGGAAACCGGAGGCUGUAUGCGCUAUCUGGGCUGGAAAAAGGUGCCCAGUAUAGCGUCAAAAUUGCAGCCCUGUCUGUAAAUGGCACAGGACCGGCCACGGAUUGGAUGACAGUGGAGACAUACCAGAAUGAUCUCGAUGAGUCCCGAGUACCCGAUCAGCCAAGUGGACUGCGAGCGAAGCCAACGUCGACAAGCAUCUUUGUUAGUUGGGCACCUCCUCGAAAUCAGGACAUCAUGAUCCGUGGCUACACCAUCGGCUGGGGCAUAGGCCUUCCCGAUGUCUACACCAAGGUGCUCAAUGGGAAGCAACGCUACUACACCAUUGAGAACUUGCAACCUUCCAAUGAAUAUGUGAUCAGCGUGAGAGCUUUCAAUCAAAUUGGUGAUGGCCAGCCGAUAUAUGAAACUGUCAAGACACUCAUUGAAUCAACUCCAGAGCCUCUGGUUCCAAUGUUACCACCCGUAGGCCUCAAGGCUAUUGUGCUGUCACCCAACACAGUCGUUUUGUUCUGGAGCGACAGCACACUGGCCAGCAGCCAGGUGAUCACGGACAACCGUUUUUACACAGUGCGCUACAAGGGCCACGGACAGCCCAAGUACCGCUACUUCAACUCCACGAACCUAAACUGCAUGAUCGACGACCUACGACCAAAUACACUCUACGAAUUCGCUGUGAAGGUUGUCAAAGGUCGCCGGGAAAGUGCCUAUAGUAUGGACGUUCUCAAUACUACACAGGAAGCAGCACCUACGAGCCCACCGCGAGACCUUACCGUCGUUCCGAGCGAGGACUCUUCAACGACUGUGAACCUUCAUUGGCAGCCUCCUAAGCAGCAGAAUGGCGUGAUUACAGGUUAUGUGAUCCUGUACACAGCCGACAACUCUCAAAAAGACCGAGACUGGGUCGUGGAAGCUGUGGUCGGGGACCGCAUGAGUGCGGUGAUCAAAGGCCUCACUGCAGACACUACCUACCAUUUCAAGAUCCAGGCCCGAAACAGCAAGGGCUACGGCCCACUCUCGACAGACGUGGUCUACCAUACAGGCAAGAGUUUAGAGCUUGCUUCUGGACCAACCAGCAACGGUGGGAUAUCGAACAACGUUCUGUACAUUGCAAUAGCAUCAGGCUUCACUGUCAUCUUACUUAUCCUGAUUGUAAUCUGCUACAUGAUGUGCCGACGGCGCCAGGGCUACAUUGGUCCAGUGAAUAGUAAGACGUAUGCGAGUGCAAAGGGUGUAGCCGCCAAGGGGGGCAAGGGAGCGACCAAGGACCUGAAGCCACCCGACCUGUGGAUUCACCAUGAUCAGAUGGAACUCAAGGCCAUGGACAAGAGCAGCAACCCAGAGGCAGCCAUGACAGCCACUCCCAUAUCGCGAAACUCCCAGGAGAUCUCCGAGGAGCACAUUGGCACGCUCGACAAGAAGAAGAACUCGGGCGGUGGCUACAUGGACCAGUUAAGCAGCGACGACAGUGGCAAAACCGAUAAGCCUCUCUUACCGAAAUCUUCACGCACUAAGCCCAUGAUGUUGCCACUUGACUCUCGGAAGUCGCUGCCCAAUUCUUGUAAAGCAUCCAUGGGACCAGCUGCUGUUUCCAAUGGAAGCAUGAAUGCUGGCUUAGAAGGCAGCUCCAUUAACAUGGGCCGUCCCAUCUACCCAAGGACCCAGUACAACAUACCUAGGGCACAUGUCACGAUCGAUGCAAUGCAUCCAGGUCAUGAAGGUCCAAGCCCCCAGAAGUCAGGGCUCAUGGGUUGUGGGAACCCCACUUACGAGCCCGUCUUGAAUCCAGGCAUGAGCCAUCCUAGUAGCUCGGCCUUGGGGACAGGCAGAUGCCCUGCCUAUAGCAACGCCCUGAUGGGAGCCGGGGGUGGGCCGCUGCUUUCACUGAGCUCGGCUCCUCCCCUCGGCCCGCCCCCCUCGGGGCCGCCACCCUCUGCAACCGCCGAGACGACAGGAACACUGACCAAGCGAGUGCACGCGGGGAAUCCCCUCAAAAGCUUCAGCGUGCCUGCACCACCCCCUCAAAGUGCGCCGUCUACACCACAGCCAAAGCACAUGGUAGUACGACCGCAGCAGGUAAGCGGCAGUCCGCACAAGAAAUCUUCUGUGGCCACGUCCACAUCAUCUGGGGGGCCCUCUAGCAAGCAGAGCCCUGGGCGACAGUCGGCGCUCAAGUCUCGCGUGGUGGCCUCACCACGCAGCAUCAACAGGGACGCAUCGUCUUCCGCCUCCACCACUCACACGCCCAAGAAGGAGGAAGACUUGGCUUCACCCUUCAACAAUGAAGAACUCACUCAAGAAAUGGCGAACCUCGAAGGCCUGAUGAAGGACCUAAACGCAAUAACAGCGUCAGAGUUUGAGUGUUAAUUAAGCCACCGUCUAUGGUCAAAUGACUCUUAGUCGUGCGGUUUACCGAGGACUCAAUACAGUGAACUUAACGAGCAGACUGUGUUCAGCCAACAAGCCUUCCGAGCAAGGCAACCGUCAUCUGUGGCACGAGAGACCGAGUUCGCAGUGUGCCAUACAACGGAGGGAAUCCAAAAGCUCGCCACUAGCCAUCUCUGUCGGGACUGUCUUGGAAUCCUGCCCCCUCAUCACUCACUUCGCGUUUUCUUGACCGUUUUUUUUUUCUUUUUAAUGGCCAGCUCAAAUGUCUGGAAACAUGGACUUGUUGCGGGCCCGCGGAAUUUUUCAGUAAGUGUUUGCAGAGCAUUGUACAUAGCGCUGCUGAGCACUACACGUUUUUAUACGACCGCAGUGCACCACUCUGACGGCACUGCCUUGUGCCUGCUGUAUGAGCACCAACUCGUUUUGACUGAAAGCAUCAAGUUCCCAAUGCCGUGCAUCUCACUCUACUCAUUGUUGAAGCACCAAUCAGUGAAGUGUUGUCACACUGAGAAAUGUCACUCGCCUUUUUCUUUAUAUAUUUUUGUGUGUGCCAAAGGCCAGCCACUAGCCUUAAAGGAAACCAGACAUCAAGAUUUUGGCACCCAAUUUUCAUUCUCGUUCAGAGGGCAGGUGGCUUCUAGUUCUAGGUAAUAGAUUCUGAAACAACUGGAGUACCUUUCAUUUCGAAGUUGUUCUCUCGAAUGCAUCAGGUCACUCAAACGAAAGGAUAUUUUAACACAUUGCAUUUAAAAAAUCGCAGCUCGUAUGUUGUUGGCACAUACGUGAAAGUGUUACCACUUUUUGUGCACAUUUGUGGUCUCAAGUAAUUUACAAAUCUAUGAACCUGUUUUCUGUUGCCAAAAAAAAUGGAAAGUGUUUGAAUCUUGUGCAUAUCAGCAAGAGGCUGUGCACAUACCUAACAGCUUUUUUUUGCAUUAUUGUGGGAGGUCAUGUGAUAGGUUCGAAAACUGCGGAAAGAAAAAUCAUGGUUCACAAAAAAAAAGAAUAGAAAAAAAAUGGACUAUCGCAAAUUGAUAUCAUCUGCACUGCUACUCAUCAUGAUCAAUUUCUUGUACACGUUUUUCUCAAAUGAUCAAAAUUUUGGUGUUUCUGCUCCUUUAGGCAAUACUUGUUCCCAAGCGUGCUCGUGUGCUUGUUGUUCUUGUUUUAUAUAUACAUAUACAGUAUUUCUUCUCAGCUCAGAUGAUACACGUUCAGAAAUCUCAUUUACAUAGCAGGGUAUACUUAUUGUGUUAUUAUGUUGCCGAUCCUACGUUUUAAUCCGCUUGAUCAUUAUAGAAAAUUUCCUCAUUACUAAUGUCGGUAUACUUUAUACCUUCAUGAGCUGUGUAAGUACUAUAAGAUGUUCGCGAAUGCCUAUGUAUGCUGUUUCAUAUAGGAAACAAAGAUGCUACAAAAGAUUGUGCAAGGUAGGCACACUGCAUUGUUACACCUCAAGUGUUGACAGGUAUUUACAAGCAUAGUCUCUUGGGAGUAUGGACUUCAAGAUAGCUGGGCAAGCGAUACACAGAUAUUCAAUUUGCUGUGACUACUACGCUGCGCAACUUUUUCGCCAAUGAUGGUUCGGUCAAUAAUUGUUGGCCGUUUCAAAAGCCGUUCCAAUGCACUUUUCUUGGUUUUGUUUACUCGGCCUAGAUCUGUUUCUGACAUACCUACUUACGUGCUUCUGAGUGAGUUCAGUUUAUGAAACUGCUUGAUACUAACGUUUUACCAGCCUACAUACAGUUAAAACGAUCAUUGCCAUAUCUACAAAAGAGUGAGCAAGAACUUUGUUGCCAUCAUACCUAUACUCUUAAGAGUUGCUGUCGCAUUUGUUUACACAUAACCACAGCACUACUCCUAAAUGUGCUACUGCACAUUUCUAUUCCACGAAGUGUGACAUUUCUAUUACAUAAAGUGUGACAUUAACUUGGGGAUGAGAGUUUCAUUGCCAAAUGCGCUCAUAUUAACACUUUGAGAACAAAAAAUCUACUAAUGCAUUCUCAGUUUUUUGCAGGCUAGCUUGAAACAUCAGGCAAAUAAGAAAUGAUUAAGUUUAACCAUCGUGUUCUUUCACAGACAGUUCUGCCUUAUUACAAAGUCACUGAUCUAGCCCAGCUUUCACUCUGGGAUGUUGUAGCCACAAGCAAAGUUACCCACAUUUAUCGUUUUUCUUGCGAGAGCUAGCUGAAAAUUCUGCAAUGAACUUGCAUUCUUUCUCAUGUAGUGUGAAGCACAUUAUAUACAUAUAAAGAUCAAGAAGUUGAUUUGGGUGAGAUAUUAGUUAUAUUAGGUUUUAGUAAGUGCGCAUGACACAAAUCAUGCUGGCUACUGUCUUAUACAAUUUGACGACGUGUAAGUUUUUUUUUUCAACAAACCAUGAGCAAAUUGGAAAGCUUAAUCUGCACCAACUUUCUGCCUCAAAGAUGUGGGAAUGUGCAUAUCUCUGCUUUUUUAGCUGAGGAUCACAUAUGUUAAAACUUGUGUCUGUCACAAAAGCAUCAGACAUGUAUUGCUGAACCUAAAAACCAAUAUUUUUCACUAGGUGAAAUUAAGGUCUUCUAAGAUGGUCCAUACAAGACCCAAACCUCAAUAUAACAAAGUUGCUUCUUACAUGGAAGUAAGUCGUUCAUAUCAGAAAAUUCGUUAUAAAGGUGUAUUCCUAAGACUGCAUCGAUUGCAAAACUAUUCUUUGCUUCGUUAUAACCGAUAUUUCAUUAUAUCUUGGUUCGUUAUAUCGAGAUUUGAGUGUAUCUGUAGCUCCUGACCUGUUAACUGUGCAGGGUUGGCUGAGAUUCUACCCAUGCAGUCAGCGAACUUACUUUAUGAAGGGAAUCGAGUAAUGCAUAAUGGCAUACUUCAUGCAUAACCCGUGGCCUAAAAAUUCCAUGAACUUAAAUACAAAGUGGCUCUAUGAGUUACGCAUAAGUUUAUUCCUUUAAGUGCAGUUUUGCAGAUAUGUGGAAUGCAUUGCUGCAAAGUUUCAAUGCACUUCAGCAGAAAGUUGUAGUUGGAGCUGUGAUGGGUAAACAUACAAAAUUGCCUACAAAGCUUUGAUUUUCAUUCAUAAAUAUAGGAAAAUUUGAAAUUCUAUGCAUAUGUGUGUGAGGCCUUUGGUGAUUAUAGUUAUGUAUGUACCAAGGAACAGCUUAUAUGUACUAUAGGAAAACAGUAUGUUGCAUCAAGAAAGGUUAGAUAAGUGUGUGCUCAUUAAGAUAUUCUGCGCCACUCAUUUAACUUACUUUGUGUGUCGGCAUGUUUUUCAGCAUAAUCAAACAGGCCAAAUAGCUUGACUCUGUAUACAAGAGGUUCUAAUUAACUGAUACAGCAAAUGUUGCACUGCAUUACGUGUAUGCAAGUAUGUGUGGAAGUGGUCAUUAUAAAUAUUAGUUCACUUUUCAAAACCUUUCCAGAGUUUCACUGUGAAAGUGAAGGUCGUGUUUGUGUGUGUGCGUGUGGUGUACAGAACUUAAAAUAAUGAACGAAUUGUUGUGACUGUCCUGUUUUUCACUACUAUUACGGUAGACAGUCAAUAUCAGUCAUGAGUUGUUAAAUUUCCAUGUCUUUUGUACUUGCUUGCUAAACAUGCUUCUUUAAUUCUUCUUCUAGGAUGAGACAUGCUUGAUGAUGAUCACAAUUUUGUAAACAUGCAGCUCAAAGCCAGGAAGUUGUUAAUGAUGCAAGAUGAUCUGUCACUUAGUUCCAGGUCACAGUGUUUUGCUUUUGUAUAUAUGUAAGCGUUGCGUGUACGUUUUAUAGAUCUGCUGUAGUCUUCUUUGCUGUGCCAUUUAUAGGUAGUGAAUGCUAUGAGGUGCUUACAUUUUUUUUAACACUUUUUAAUGCCUGUGUUUUGUGUGAACAAACAUUUCUUUAUGUACAAUUUGUCGAGAUAAAUGAAAUAUAUCACAUACUGUCCUGCAGAUUC